AUGAGGGGCUUGCGCGCCCCCCUGGCAACACCGGCCAUCCCCCGUCGGCAGGCGCCGCUCGGAGCGCGCCCGCGCCGGUCCGCGUCGCUAGGAAAGCGCAGCCUAAAGGCCGCUCGGCGGCUGAUCGCAUCGGGGGCGACGGCCAUGGCGGGAGACGGCGCCUGGUGCUGGCCGCGGGCGUCACGGGCGCUGGACGCGUACGAGGGGGAUGCGAGCGGGGGCGCGAUCGGCGUGGAGAGGGUGGAGACGGAGAAAUUCGACGACUGGCGCAAGGGCCUACCCGAGGACCACAAGCAGUGGGUGUCGGCGUGCGGCUUCAAGGCAAAGUCCGGUGAAAUCUGCAUGAUGCCUUCCAAAGAGGGUGGCAUCUCAAAAGUGGUACUUGGCAUGGAGACGGCCUCUGACCUGUGCAGCUAUGCAGCACUGGCCACAGGCCUGCCAUCUGGGAAUUAUGCCAUCGAGGGCGCCCAUGACCAGGCAGAUAUGGACAGAGUGGCAAUGGGCUGGGCGAUGGGGACGUACACUUUUGAAAGGUACAAAAAGCCCGAAGAAGACAAGCAGCAGGCGAAGCUGUGCUGGCCCAAGGGGUGUGACAAGUCGUGUGUGACGUCCCUGGUGGAGGCCCUCUACCUCAUUCGCGACAUGAUCAACACCCCAGCAGAGGACCUGGGACCUGAGGAGAUCGCGGCAGAGGCCAUGGCCGUGGCGGCUCGCCACGGGGCGAAGGUGGACGUAAUCGUUGGCGAAGACCUGCUGACAUCGAACUACCCUGCCAUUCACACUGUGGGCCGUGCCAGCUCCAGGGCGCCGCGCCUGGUGGACAUUCGGUGGAGUGCCGACCCCAACAAAGGGGACCUCCCAAAAGUGGCGCUGGUGGGGAAGGGCGUGGCGUUUGACACAGGCGGGCUGGACAUCAAGACCGCUCAGGGCAUGAAAGGCAUGAAGAAGGACAUGGGCGGUGCAGCGCACGUGCUUGGCCUGGCGCACGUCAUCAUGGCCAACCGUCUGCCUGUCAGCCUGCGCGUGCUGGUGCCCACAGUAGAGAACUCCAUCUCCGGAAAUGCUUACCGCCCCUCGGACGUGCUGCAGACAAGGUCUGGCAUCACUGUGGAGAACGGCAACACAGACGCAGAAGGUCGCCUCAUUUUGUGCGACGCGAUGUUCGAGGCCGCUCAGGACGAACCGGACUUGAUGAUCGACAUGGCGACGCUCACGGGGGCUGCCCGUGUGGCCUUGGGGCCCUCACUCCCGGCAAUGUUCUCGUCAGACGACGGCGUGGCGGAGGCCAUCCUCAGAGCGGGAGUGGCAGAGGAUGACCCCCUGUGGCGCAUGCCCCUGCACUCGCCCUACCGCAAGAUGCUAGACAGCAAGGUCGCGGACACGGGGUCCUGCUCCGAGGGCCCUCUAGGCGGCGCCAUCACGGCCGCCCUGUUCCUGCAGAAGUUCGUCAAGGACGUGCCACGGUGGGUGCACAUCGACACCAACGCCUCGAACCCUGCAGGGCACACCAAACCCGGGAAGCCGGAGGGCGGCGAGGCGCAGGCGCUCAGGGCACUGUGGGCGUUUCUGAGGGAUAGGUACGCAGCCUGA